AUGUCUAACGUUUCAAACGAUUUCAUCUGGGCUUUAACCUCAAGACAAUCAUCAUUUUUAGUCAAACGUCCAAACGUUGUCUUAUCCCGUGAUCCAUUCAAUGUUUCAGGUAAAAACACCAAAACCUCAUCAGGUUUAGCUAAUGAAAAAGCUUUUGGUAUCACCCAAAACGAUGGUAAAAUCACUGUUAUCUCAAAAUCUACCAAAAACUCAAACAAACCAGCUAAAAACAUCAUUUCAAGAACUUACUCACAACACAAAUCACCAAGAAGAACUGCUUUAGCUGUUUCUAACUUGGCUAAAGGUUACAGAGAUGAUUUAAGAGCCGUUGCUGUUAAAAGAGUUUCUCAAUACACUAGAUCAAAAACUGCUAAAAAAUCUUACGCUUCUUCAACCAGAGGUAAAAAAUAA